UCUAAUCAGAUAACACCAGUUAGAGUGAGUGAGAGGACCGAAAGCCAUACCCGCUUUUAAAGCGAGCUAGGGUUUGAGAUUAUGGCUUCACUUUGCUCCAAUCUUCACCCUCUAUCCUCCUUUUUGGUUCCCCCCGGCCAAAAUACUGUUUCCAGUUGCUUUUUGAUCAAUAGCUGGGUAAAAUUCAAUCCGAGAAAGGUGUCAACAACAGGAACAAUAACUUGCAAGAAAGCGAGCUCAAGGGGCCCUGACAGUGACAGGGUAGUCAAAAGUAAGUUUGAGAAAACUGUGGCGAAGAAGGGAGACAAAAAAUUUGUUCAUGAAGGUUUAAUUACCGAAUCACUUUCUAAUGGUAUGUUUCGAGUUCUUUUAGACAAUCAAGAUUUAAUUCUCGGUUAUCUUUCUGGAAAGAUUCGAAAGAAUUUUGUACGUGUAUUGCCUGGAGACAGAGUUAGAGUUGAAUUGAGUCCAUAUGAUUCAACCAAGGGACGUAUAGUUUUCAGGCUUCGUAACAAGGAUGCAAGCGGAUAGCUGGGUAGAUUUCCAAGAAUUUAUGCACUUGCAAUUAGUUGCUAGGAAUUGAGGUGAGGAACCUCCAACUAUGAAAACAUGGCUAUGUAGAGUAUUAGAGAAAAAUGCAAUCCAAUAUCCUUCAAGUCAGAAGCACCUCGAGCUAUUGAUAAAUCAGUUCAUCAUGCAAAACUUCAAACCUGAUGAUGAUUAGAGAAAAAAAAAUAUUGCAAUUAGUUUAGCUGGCAAGUUUCUUGGUGACAUGGCAUAGAUUUGGACGAGUCUUGCCUUCUCUAGGAGCUUGGCUAGAUAGGUAAGAAUUAAUCUUGUUGUGUAGCCUUACUUUUGAAUGAAGUUUUAUGAUCAUUAUCGACCUUUCUUUGAAUAGUUUCUAUGAAUUGUUUUUUUGUAUGAAUUGAUAUUUUUUUAAUGGGCAAGUUUUCAUGUACAAGCUUUGAAUAGUCUUGAUUGUUGAGUUGCCCUUGGAAUUACAUGAUGCACGAGAAUGUUAAGGAAGUAACAUCAAAUUGGGAGAACUAAGUAUUCCAAACACAAGACACCAAUGCUAAACCACCUUCCUAGUUCGUCAUCCAAAACUUGAAAAAGACACCAUUAACAAUUUGCAGCUAAUUUCUUGUGUUUCAUAUCAAGCCAUUCUCUACUUGUCUACCACAAGGACAUGAGACUUCAGAGGAAUUCCAUGGUGUAUGUCAUCUUAAUUUCUUAGUUCUAAACCAAAAGAUUAGAUGGCAAUGCAUUGCAAUCAUAAUAUAGAGAAAUUUAGUCCUAAUCAAGUGUACAAUUUGCUCAAAUAUGUGCCUUGAAUUUACUUUUCUGCUUGUUGCCUUUCUAUUUGUAUCAUGAUAUCACUAUUGAAGAUUGACUAUAUAAAUCUGUCGCCCUUCAUAUGUAAAUUCCAUCAGAGUAACCCAUUUAGUAUUGUUGCUUCUUGCUAUUAUCUUUUGAUUUUGACUUGAGAAAAUUGGGAUCCCGUCAGAAGUUUUUGGUUACAAUAUUUUCUUUUUUGUUUGACAAUAAUCAAUACAAGUGGAGAUUAUGCUACAAAGGGAGUGAAAUAUAAUAGUUCUCAAUUUUUUUUAGAUUUCCGUUCAAAAUUCCAUGUAUAAUAUAUUUUUUUUGGCCAAAUUUCAUGUA